GAUCACUGGAUUUUAUUUUCAUUAUUAUUAUUAUUUAUUUAUGAAUAAUAAUAAUAUUUUCUGGGGUAACCUGAUUUCCUUUUUCUCUCCUUCCUUUCAUUCUUCUCUCUUCAUCCUUCAUUUUGCCUAACUCUUCGGAAGUAGAUUUUUGUGCCUAUUUUUUAAAUCUUCUACUCCCAAGUGUUUUGUUUUUACUUUUCAUGCUGACUGUGUUUCCUUCCGUUCUCCCUCUCUCCUCCUCCCUCCUCUCUUCCUCAAAGCAACCUCUUCGGAUAUAAAUAAGGAAGGAGAGGUUCUCUGCAUUUUCUAAAAAAAAAAAGUAAACAACAAGGCAGUGAAACUGAAUUUUAGUGCCUUUAACUUAUAACUUUUCUACGCUCUUUUAAUGCUUUUGUUAUGUAUUUUAUUUUCCCUGCAGAGGCUUUAUGUAGGAAGUUUGGGGAUUAGUUUUUUGGGGGAGCAGGAGGCUCUAUCUUUGUUUCUAUGUGCUGUGUCUUAUCAGAAAAUCAUUGUAAGACAAGCUUGAUAGAUUAAAAAUACCAGGCAGAAAAGCUUUCCCUUUUCCCCUCUUCCUUUUCUGCUUUACACUUCUUUGACAUCAGUGAAGAUUGAAACAGGUCAGCAUGUGUUUCACUUUUACUCUUUUUAUUUUUAACAUAAACUUUCCUAUUGCCAGCGCUACACCAUCUGCUUAAAUUGUAUGCCUGCCUAAUUCUCCAUUUUUGUUCAUUUAUUAAUAUUUUGAUGGUAAGAGAGUUGCCUCUCUUACCAUGGCUGUUAUGUUUGGUUUAUAUAUUUCCCCUUCCCCUUCCUAAAAUAGAAUUUUGAGAGAGAAUUUUUCCUUAAUUUUGGGAGGGUUUUGGGGGGUGGAAAAGGAGUUAGGAACCAUCAUUCUGCUGUUUCAAGGCAUCGGUCUGCAAAGGAAAUCUCCUUUGAUUCUGUUAUUUAUAUGCUGUCAAGUUUUGAAGUGGUGAUCUUUAGAGGCGGGACUGAGUAUGGAUCAUUUGAACGAGACAACUCAGGGGAACGAACAUUCAGAAAUGUCUAACAAUGUAAGUGAUCCGAAGGGUCCACCAGCCAAAAUUGCCCGCUUGGAGCAGAAUGGGAGCCCAUUAGGAAGAGGAAGACUUGGAAGUACAGGAACUAAAAUGCAAGGAGUACCUUUAAAACACUCUGGACACCUGAUGAAAACACAUGCUAGAAAAGGAACCAUGCUUCCAGUUUUCUGUGUAGUGGAACAUUAUGAAAACUCCAUUGAGUAUGAUUGCAAAGAAGAACAUGCAGAAUUUGUUUUAGUAAGGAAGGACAUGCUAUUCAACCAGCUGAUUGAAAUGGCAUUGCUAUCCCUUGGAUAUUCUCAUAGCUCUGCUGCCCAAGCAAAAGGACUAAUCCAAGUUGGGAAAUGGAACCCGGUUCCGCUCUCCUAUGUAACAGAUGCUCCUGAUGCUACAGUAGCUGACAUGCUGCAGGAUGUUUACCAUGUAGUCACACUGAAAAUCCAGUUGCACAGUUGCCCUAAUCUAGAAGACUUGCCUCCUGAACAAUGGUCUCACACAACAGUAAGAAAUGCUCUGAAGGACUUACUGAAGGAUAUGAACCAGAGUUCAUUGGCCAAGGAAUGUCCCCUUUCACAGUGGGCCCUUGGUAUCUGCUGUGGUUUGGUUCCAGAAUCCCCCAGUAUGAUUUCUUCCAUUGUGAACAGCACUUACUAUGCAAAUGUCUCAGCAGCAAAAUGUCAAGAAUUCGGGAGGUGGUAUAAACAUUUCAAGAAGGCAAAAGAUAUGAUGGUUGAAAUGGAUAGCCUUUCUGAAUUGUCACAACAAGGUGCCAACCACGUCAACUUUGGUCACCAACCAGUCCCAGGGAACACAGCUGAGCAGCCUCCAUCCCCUGUUCAGCUUUCUCAUAGCAGCCAACCAUCUGUUCGGACCCCACUUCCAAACCUGCACCCUGGACUUGUAUCUACUCCCAUUAGUCCUCAGUUGGUAAAUCAACAGCUGGUAAUGGCUCAGUUGCUAAACCAGCAGUAUGCAGUGAACAGACUUCUAGCCCAACAAUCCUUAAAUCAACAGUACUUGAACCAUCCUCCUCCUGUCAGCAGAUCCAUAAACAAGCCGUUGGAGCAGCAGGUCUCAACUAACACAGAGGUGUCUUCCGAAAUCUACCAGUGGGUGCGUGAUGAAUUGAAACGAGCAGGAAUCUCGCAGGCAGUUUUUGCACGUGUGGCAUUUAACAGAACUCAGGGCUUGCUCUCAGAAAUCCUGCGAAAGGAAGAAGACCCCAAGACUGCUUCACAGUCUCUACUAGUAAACCUUCGGGCUAUGCAGAAUUUCUUGCAGCUGCCAGAAGCAGAAAGAGAUAGAAUAUACCAGGAUGAAAGGGAAAGAAGCUUGAAUGCCGCUUCUGCUAUGGGCCCCACACCUCUCAUAAGCACACCACCUAUCCGACCUACACAACAAGAAAAGAGCCAAUGUAUGUGUUACAUAGGGACUCAAGAGAAAACAGGAGUUUCCAUGAAGCUGCACAUGCUUUUACAAGUAAAAACAGCAACCAUUGCAACAGAAAGGAAUGGCAAACCAGAAAACAAUACAAUGAACAUUAAUGCUUCCAUUUAUGAUGAAAUCCAGCAGGAAAUGAAGAGAGCUAAAGUGUCUCAAGCAUUAUUUGCCAAGGUCGCAGCAACUAAAAGCCAGGGAUGGCUCUGUGAACUCUUGCGCUGGAAAGAAGAUCCUUCCCCUGAGAACAGGACCCUGUGGGAGAAUCUGUCGAUGAUCCGGAGAUUCCUCAGUCUUCCUCAACCCGAACGAGAUGCCAUUUAUGAACAAGAAAGCAAUGCAGUUCAUCACCAUGGUGAUAGGCCUUCCCACAUUAUCCACGUUCCCACAGAACAGAUUCAGAGCUCCUCUCCCACCAACCUUGGGAAAGGAGAGCAUAGAGGCGCUUUCUUACCUGGCCUGCUGACUACUGGACCUUGGCUGGGUGCUGCUCCCCAGCAGCAGCAGCAGCAGCAACAGCAGCAGCAGCAGCAACAGCAACAACAACAAUCACAGCCGCCACCAGGUCCCAGGUUACCUCCAAGGCAGCCGACAGUAGCAUCACCAGCUGAAUCGGAGGAUGAAAAUCGUCAGAAGGCCCGUCCAAGAACAAAAAUUUCAGUGGAAGCCCUGGGUAUUCUCCAGAGCUUUAUACAAGACGUAGGCUUAUACCCCGAUGAAGAAGCAAUCCAGACUCUUUCAGCUCAACUUGACCUACCCAAGUACACCAUUAUCAAGUUCUUUCAGAACCAACGAUACUAUGUCAAGCAUCAUGGAAAGCUGAAAGAUAACUCAGGCUUGGAAGUGGAUGUCGCAGAAUAUAAGGAAGAAGAGUUGCUCAAAGAUUUGGAAGAGAAUAUCCAAGACAAAUGUACGAACACACUUUUUUCAGUUAAAUUGGAAGAAGAAUUAUCAGUAGAAGGGAACACUGACAUUAAUACUGAAUUGAAAGACUAAUUGAAAAAGUAUUUAUUCAAUGGUGUCACUGCUAUUUACUAACAAAAUGAAAAUUCCAUCCUGUGUUCUGUCAGCAACCUCUUUAUUCAUUGUUCGGCCAAUGAAUCUUCCAAAACUUGCACAAAAGUUGAGAAAAUUAAAGGAUAAUACAGACUGCACUAGAUAAUUUACAAACUGCUUCAGAGCUACAGAUGAAGCAUUGAGGAUUGUUUCAUAUUAAUUUGUGUUCACUGGGUACACCGAUAGGUAUCCGAUAAGCAUGAUUAUCUGUGGGUUGUUUUUUUAUUAAUUAUUAUUAUAGAGCUUUCAGACAAGCAUUACUUCUGUGACUUAUUGUUUGUUUCUGUUUCUUUUCCCAGUUAUUACUGUUAACACUCCACACUUGAUCUUUGAAAGCUCGCAUUUAUUUAAAUAAGAGAAAAAAAGGAGAGUUUGUUACUCUUGCUCUAUUGUAUGUUACAAAAGAACUAUAGACUGUGAGAUGCAGUUUAAAGUUAACAUAUGCCAACAAAUGCCUUGUAUUAUAUGGCACUGCCGUAACUCAGAUUUGUUUUCUUUUCAGAAAUAAGAGGUCACUGUAUCUUUUUCAUUCUCAUUGUUACAUGAAUUUUUUUAAAAAACAAAAUGUGAAACACAGUUUAUCCCCAUUAUUUAUUUGUAGAUCCCACGGCAUCAUGUUGUAAUUAAUUUUUAGAAGUUUCUGUUAAAUGUAAUAUUGCUUCUCUUGUUAUCAUACUGAUUUUUUUCUAUUUAUAAAUGUAUUUUGAUGGGCAGUAAAACAAAGUGUCUUAAAAGUUUUAAAUAGAGAAAAUGUGCUUUACACAGUUGCCUAUAAAAAGUGCUCUAUGUUAUCCAAGCAAUUCAUACUAUAAGCUUCACUCUUAUUGUUGUAUGCAAUUUUUACUAUCAUGCAAAUAAGCUUAGGUAAAUAAAACUAAUAGAUCACCUUAGAAACUUAUGCAAUUAAUGUGAAAAUAAUUGAUGUUUGCAAUGUGUCUUCCUUUGGUUUACAAUCAAUUUUAAAGCUACAGCUGUAUAAAUUUUUCUGUAUAAAGGUGUAUUUCUUUUUUAUGAGUUUAUUGCUAUGAAAACACCAGUUAUUUUGUUACAGCUGGCUGUUUUUAUAAGUGUAUCACAAUUUUCUUUAUGCAGAAAUGUUCUGACUAGGAGUGGUUAUUGACUGUAACUACACAAUUAAAAUUGUUUGUAUGGUAUGAUGUGA